AUGGCCCACCUAACUUUCCAUAAUUAUGAAGGUGUCGGCGAGAAGAAUAAGCAAGACUACUGGUACAGCCAAGCUGUCCGCAUUGGUGAUCGAAUCGAAUGCUCAGGCCAAGGUGGCUGGGACCCCAAGUCCGGAGACAUCCAUCAAGAUAUCAAUGCCGAGAUCGAUCAGACCUUUGAGAACAUCGAGCUCAACCUGAAGAAUGCCGGCGGCAAGGGCUGGGAGCAGGUAUUCCGGGUGAAUUCGUAUCACGUCCCGAUGGAUGGCGAGGCACUGGGGGCCAUGGUUCGCAACUUCAAGAAGUGGAUGCCGGGUCAUCAACCUAUCUGGACCUGUGUUGGAGUGCCGAAACUGGCCCAGGAUGCUAUGCGGGUGGAAAUCGAGGUGGUGGCUCAUGUCCCCUAA